UUUCCACAAAAAAAAAAAACACCUUGAAAUUUUGGAAAAACUUACAAAGAAAUUGGUUAAAACAUUUUUUAUAACAUACUUCUACAUAACUUUGUCCGAUAAAAAAAAAAAAUAAGGAUUUUCCAAUAAGAUUAUAAAAAUUAGUAAAAUAAAAAAUGGAGUAUGAACACAAUUGUUAAAAGGAGAGUAGAAGAUACCGGCAAAGAUCCUUUUUUGCUGAAGUAGACCAAUACUACAGCUUAGAUGAAUCGAUUGCCUCUGCCGGCGAAGUAGAAUCUACUCGCAGUUGCUAACUCGCAUCAAACUCUGAUCGGAAGUCGAAACCUCAACAAUUUUUUGUCGUAUUUUCUUGUCGCGAAUGGCAAUGGAUAAGGGCAAAGCAGUGAUGGGUUCGGGCCGCCGAUGGGCCAUCGAAUUCACGGACAAUUCCACCUCGCAUUCUUCGCGCGAUAUUGCCGAUCCUCCCAGCUUCACUCGCGCUUCGCAAGAACAGGAUGAUUCAGCCAUGAGCAAACAGAAGAAGGACGCCGAAGCUAACUGGAAAGCUCAGAAAGCCUGGGAAGUCGCACAAGCACCAUUUAAAAAUUUGUUCAUGAUGGCCUUCAUGAUGUGGAUGGCUGGAAGCACGGUUCAUCUGUUUAGCAUUGGUAUAACAUUUUCAGCUCUUUUGCAGCCCUUAAAUGCACUUCGAGGGGUUGGCAAAGUCUUUGAGCCUUACAAGGACAAGAAAGUGGACCUGAUGCUGCCUAAAUUAGUUUUUAUCGCCCUUAAUUUGGUAGGAUUAGGACUCGGUGUCUGGAAGCUUAACACAUUGGGUCUUCUUCCAACUCACGUGUCAGAUUGGGUUUCAUCCCUGCCCCCUGCUCAGGAGGUCGAGUAUUCCGGUGGUGGCAUUCCGCUUUUCUGAUUUGUCGAUACAGAAUCUCUGUGUUUAGUGUGUGGCAGAGUCUGCUUAAUCAUUGUGGUCGGAGGGCGGAGUCAAUACAUAGUUUUGUUCAUUAUCAUUAUCAUAUGUUGAGCUUUGUAUUGUAAUUUUCAACUACAUGUUUGCCUAAUUUUCCACUAGCAGAAGGUUUUACUAAGCCAGAGUGUAACACGAUUUUGUAUGAUUAAAGAAUUUUAAGGAAGCUUGAAAUUAUAAACUA